AUGUUAAAAAUUACAAAAAAAGAUAAUUUAUCGGAUUGUAGCACUGACGUUUCAGAGGAGGGAAAGGUGACCCUAGGGCAGGUAGUCCCGGAUUUUAUCGAGUUUGAGUGCACCAAGACCAAAAUGUAUAAAAUAAUCGCAGAAAGUUAUUGCAUAAAAUCGCCUGAAUAUUCACUCAACUGGGAAAUCAGGCACUGUAAAGUGGACUUGAAUGUUAAAAGUCCAUUAUGCGAAGGGAUUGAAAAUAAAGGGAUAAAAAAGAUAAAACAUGAGGCAACUUUACAUACUCUAAAGCCUGGGAGUGAAAUUAAUGAAAAUUAUGGGAAAUCAAAUCAAGUAUUCGGAGAUAUAAAAAACAUAAAAAGAAAUGUAUAUGAUGAUUAUUAUAUGGGAGGACGAAAUGGUGGAUAUAAACCCCCAAAAGUUUAUGAUUUAAAUGGAAAAGAAGAUUUGAACGGAUCAAUGGAUAUAGAUUCCAUCAACGAUAUGGAAGAUUUUAUCAAAUACAUCAACUCCAACAUUGUAUAA